AUGGCUCUGGCCGACAUUGUAACAUUGGGCACUACCUUGGCCGAUGUGCAGCAGCAAAUGAAGGAGUUGGAUCGGUCUCAUGCGGAAGCUAAGCAGGAGGUUGUCAGCCGAGUGGUUCGACGUCCGCCGGCUCCAAAAGCAAGAUUUCAGCCUGAUCGCCGUUACAACAACUCCAAAUGGAGCUCGACUGAGUGGGUUAACAGAUCUUGCUUCGCUUGCGGUAAGAAGGGCCAUUUGAAGAGUAAUGCUAAUUGCAAAGCGAGGAAUGCUAAAUGUUUGAAAUGCGGAGAAGUUGGACACUUUAUGAACCGUUGUCUGAAGCGCACAGUUGGAAAUGACCAGGUAGGUCCACCGUCAAAACGGAUUCGCUUAAUCGAGGACGAGCAGCUGGAGAACGAGAAAGAGGAAGCAAUUUUUUUCGCAAUGGGGAAAAACAACUUCGAGUUUGUCGUCGGAGGAAUCAAGAUUCCCAUGGUGAUCGAUUCGGGAGCAGAUGCCAACAUAAUUGGAGAAUCUACAUGGGAUCAAGUCAAAGCGAUGGGAAUUAAGGCAACGGGAAUCACAACAGAUGUGAACCGAAAACUUGUUGCAUAUGCAACAAAACAGCCAAUGCAAAUCAGGUGUAUGUUUUGGGCAGAGAUCAACGCCGGCAAUAAUCAUUCAACCGCGAAAUUCUACGUAGUAAAAGGGGGUCAACAGAAUUUGCUGGGGGACGCGACGGCGAAGGAACUCAAAGUCUUGAAGAUUGGAUUCGAUAUAGCAUCAGUUGAAGCGAUGCGUGAUUCGGGUUUUCCGAAGAUCAAGGGAGUUGUGGUAGAGCUACCCAUAGAUAAAACGGUACAACCAGUGCGUCAACCCUAUCGCCGAGCACCAAUUGCGUUGGAGGAGAAAAUACACGAUAAGUUAAAAUACCUGCUUGAGAAGGAUAUCAUCGAGAAAGUUAAUGGGCCAUCAUCGUGGGUUUCUCCGGUGGUACCGAUUCUCAAACAGUCUGGGGAGAUAAGGCUGUGUGUAGAUAUGCGCCGGGCCAACCAGGCUGUACUUCGAGAACCGCAUCCACUUCCGCUUAUUGAGGAACUGCUGGCGGGAGUGAAUGGUGCAGUGAAGUUCUCCAAACUCGAUGUGAAGGACGCGUACCAUCAGUUGGAGAUCUUCGAGGAGUCACGGGUUAUUACGACGUUCAUUACAAAAUAUGGACUAUUCAGAUACAAACGACUAAUGUUUGGCAUCAGUUGUGCACCAGAGGCCUUCCAAAAAGUAAUGGAUGAAAUAGUAGCGGGUUUGGAAGGAGUGAUUGUUUACCUCGAUGAUGCUAUGGUUUGGGGAAGAUCGCAGGAAGAACAUGACACUCGUCUGGAAAACCUGUUGAACCGUUUGAAGGAGUACAACGUGCUUCUGAAUGAGGAUAAAUGCCAGUAUAAUGUAGAUGAGUUGGAAUUUCUAGGGCAUAACCUAUCGUCAGACGGGGUAAAACCAACAGAUAGUCGGUCGACAUUUGAGGAAAUCAAAGAAGCAGUGUCGAAUAUUGGCUAUCUGGGGUUUUUCAAUCCAAAAGAUAAAACAAUCUUGGUGGCCGAUGCAAGUCCCGGUGGAUUAGGAGCCGUAUUGAUGCAGGAGAAUAGCAGUAAACAGGGACGGAUCAUUGCGUACGCCAGUAAGGCGCUGACAGAGCUUGAACGCAAAUACUUCCAAACGGAAAGAGAAGCACUAGCGUUGGUGUGGGCGGUGGAUCGUUUUAAGCUGUAUUUGCAGGGCACUACGUUUGUGUUGAUCACGGAUUGCAAACCGCUACAAUUCCUGUUCAGUCCAAGGUCGAAACCGUGUGCCAGGUUGGAACGCUGGUUAUUGCGUUUGCAAUCCUAUAGCUAUCGAAUUGUUUAUCAGCCUGGACCAACAAAUUUGGCAGAUGCGCUAUCACGGCUAUCAGUUUCGGAUGAGGCUAGGGAAAGUUUCGAUCCUGAAAAUGAGAAGUACGUUCAAAUUUUGACUACGCUGUCAGCACCUGUGGCAAUUACGGUAGCGGAAAUCCAAAAAGAGUCGACCAGCGAUGAAGAAGUACGAGGCGUCAUUGAGGCUCUUGGUCAUGGAGACUGGACAGGAAAAGCCAAACCGUACAAGCCGUAUGAGACAGAACUUUGUGUUUCUUCUGAAAUACUGUUGCGUGGAGAGAGGAUCAUCAUCCCCAUAAGGCUGCGUCGUCGAACAUUGGAACUGGCACAUGAAGGGCAUCCAGGGAUGGUAGUCAUGAAACGACGACUCCGCCAGAAAGUUUGGUGGCCGGGUUUGGACGUGGAGGUCGAGAAAUUCGUCAAAUCUUGCAGGGAUUGUACGCUGGUGUCGAACGCUACUGCUCCGGAACCCUUGAUUCGCUCUGAAAUGCCCGACAGACCAUGGGUUCACGUGGCGGUAGACUUUAUGGGUCCACUGCCGUCAGGUCAUAAUCUGUUGGUUAUAGUGGACUACUACAGCCGUUUUGUAGAAGUGGUUGUGAUGAAGGAAAUAUCCGCAAAAAGUACAAUCCAAGCGUUACAUGAAACGUUUUGCCGUUACGGAAUUCCGGAGAGUAUGAAGUCCGACAAUGGACCUCAAUUUGUGAGCGAUGCUUUACAAGAAUUCUGUAAGGAAUAUGGAAUCCAACUGCGAAAAGUCACACCCUAUUGGCCACAGGCCAAUGGGGAGGUGGAAAGGGCAAACAGGGCGCUCAAGAAACGGUUGCAGAUCAGCCAGACGACAAAAUCUGAUUGGAAAUGGGACCUACGUAUGUACUUGUUGAUGUACAAUUCAACGCCGCAUUCGACGACUGGAGUAGCUCCGUCCGCGCUCAUGUUUGGAAGAGUGCUUCGAGAUAAGCUACCUGGGUUUCCAUCGGCUGGAAUGAAAACAGUUGAAGAAGUUCGAGAUAAAGAUCGGGAGAAGAAACUUAAAGAAAAGGAGUACGCGGACAACAAACGGAAGGCCAAGCUAAACCCGUUGAAGGAAGGAGACAUAGUAGUGGCAAAGCGAAUGACGAAGGAGAAUAAGUUGGCGUCGAACUUCAGUCCAGAAGAACUGAUUAUACUUAGUCGAGGGGGAUCAGAUGUCACGCUAAAAUCUAUGGAAUCUGGAAAAAUAUUUCAUAGAAACGUGGCACAUUUAAAGCUAGUCGUUCCAAGAACUCAAGUGGAUGUGGAGAACAGAGAAGGCAUGCAUUUGGACGUAAAUGAUUCCGGAGAUCCAGAAGCACAACAAAGCAUCGUACCAACACGUAACCCGGAGAUUGUUCCAGAGUCGAUCAACAAGGAACGACCGCGACGAGAAACAAAAAGACCGGAAUAUCUGGGGGACUAUCUUUUGUGGGCAGAACCAGAGAAGUUGUUAUAG